AUGAGUUUAGUACCAACAAUAUAAUUGCAGCAGUGAGAUCGGGGCUUUUUUUUCCUGUUUACUAUUUAUUCAAUUUCUUUGUCUAUGCAAAGAAUUCAAAAGUGCUCAACUCAUAGAACUUGUAUUCAGAAUUAUUGAAACAAAUAAAUACAAUUUUGUAGACAGACAUGCAAUAAUAUUGUUAAAAUAUUCUGACGUAAAUCACGGCCUAAAAGCGAUAACAAAAUGAAAUGAUCAAUAGGGAAUAAAUCAAAAAAUUAACUGAUUUAUUAGCUGCUUGCUUGCAAAUUGUGUUUAUUAUAGCAAAGCCUAAGCAAAGUGUGAAGUGUUGUCACCGAUUGGCGGUUUUAGUAGAAAGUAGUAAUUAUUGCUAAACAAAUGUGUGCAAGUGUUUAAUCGUUGUAGGAGAAUGUCAAAAUAUCAAAUCUUAAAUAACGAUUCCGACUAUGAUGAAGUUACGGCCGGCAUAUCGAAUGAACCGUUCACUUUACUAAUGUUUGAUAGCGAGCAACAGGAUAACUCAGCUCAUCAGUUAUCUCGAAGCAUUGAUCGUUACCGAUCCGAAUGCAAUAAUCAUUUAAAUGAAAACCAUAACCAGUACGAUGAUUGCAAGGAACGUAACAGUUUCAACGAAAAUACGCUGCAACGUUCACACAAUGAUAACGAUAUCCCUCAUGUUGUCACAAAUAAUAAUAAUAAUAAUAAUAAUAAGAAUGUUAACGAUAAAAAUUUGAUCAUGUCAGCAAAUUACAUUAAAAACUGCAGUAAGCAUAAGGCAAUCCACAGUGCAAUGACACCGCUAGACACCGAUGAAAGUACAAUUGAGGUUCCGCUAAUGCAAAAUCAUACCACUACUGCCACGAACGCCAACAACAGGGAUAAUGCCAGUAACACCCGCAAUCAUAUUCAAUUUACAAAAGAUUACGAACAUAAAUGCCUCUGUGGACAGGGAGGUUUCGGCGCUAACCUCAGAUGCAAAUCAACGCAAGCAGCGAAAACGAAAAUUCUCCGGGCGAUCGUCAUUUGCUGCAUUUUCAUGGUUGUCGAAUUUCUAGGUGGCUAUAUAGCCGGAAGCCUGGCCAUUAUGACUGAUGCCGCACAUUUAGCAUCUGAUUGCAUUAGUUUUAUAAUUGGUUUGGUAGCAAUUUGGUUGGGCAACAGGCCACCGGACGAUAAAAUGUCAUUUGGUUAUAAGCGUAUGGAAAUUAUUGGUGCUAUCGCUUCAAUUUUGGGAAUUUGGAUAUUAACCACGACCUUGGUUUUAAUGGCAUUACAACGCCUUUGCACAAACGACUAUGAAUUGGAUGCGAAUUCUAUGAUGACAAUUUCUUUCAUUGGAAUUAUAAUUAACAUAGUCAUGAUUUUUAUUUUACACACUUCAACGCAUAUCCUGCCAACCGUUGGCAUUGCCGAAGCCCAUGGUCAUAGUCAUAGCCAUAAUCAUGGCCAUGGUCAUUCACCCGCCACCGUGCAUUUGCAUCGACCUAAAAGUACAAACGACAACCAUUCGCAGCUGUCUGAUGUUUUUGUUGAUACGACAAGUGGGACAACAUCAAUGGAGUUAUUGUCGCCUGAAGCAAUGGUGCUCAACGGAAGUGGUUUAAAACACCAAACAGAUGGAAAUGAUAAGAAUUUAAACCUACGUGCAGCCAUGAUUCAUGUCAUCGGCGAUUUGGUGCAAAGUUUUGGCGUAUUUUUUGCUUCAGUAUUAAUUAAGAAUUUCCCGAAAGCAGUGUUUCUAGAUCCUCUAUGUACAUUAUUAUUUUCUGUAAUUGUUAUAAUGACCACCGUCAACCUAUUUAAGGAGUCCGUACAUGUAUUAAUGGAUUCAGUACCUCAGGAUGUUCCUAUGAAUGAUCUGAAAAUGGAUUUAUCCAAUUUAGUUGGAGUAACAUCUGUUCAUCAUCUAAACAUUUGGAAUCAUACCUCCAACCAUAAGAUACUAAUGGCUCAUCUAGUUAUAGAUCCGUCAGUCCAUAGCAAUACUGUGUUAUUUAACGCUACUCAAUUAGUUCAAAAUUCUAAAUACAACAUAAAGCAUAGUACGAUACAAAUUGAAACAGAAGCUUUAUGAAAAGUGAUAAUUUGUUCUAGCUUUUUUUAAACAAAAAAAAAA